CUCGGCUCGUUUGCAGCCCUAAUGCCAACGGUACGACUAAUCUCUACUGUCUUAGGUUGGAUUGGAACUUGGAAGGGUUUCUGAAGUAAAACUUUGGGCCUUGCGGGUCUGUUUCGCCAAGUAAAUAAAUUGUGGGCCUUUACUUCUAAUCUCGCGGUGGGGCUUUCCGUUCAGUUGUGGGCUUGAGUCGAAUUAUUAGCCCCUGCUUCAUUUUCUUUCACAAACUAAAAUAAAAACCAGAGACUGGUGCUGACGUGGAUAAAGCGAAACGUUUUUUUAGUAAAUACAUUUGCUGGAAAAACUGGAAAGGUGGAAAUAAAUAGCACUGAAAUGACGAUCAACUGUCAAAACUCAAAACCCUUAACGCCACCUAAAGCACGGUGAAGAGAUCGACCGAAUCUGGAGACGAAGGUCCGGCGCGGCGCUGGUCAGGGAAACACAACGGAGCUGAGCUCGGUAAGCAAAACAUAGCUUCAGCUUUGCUUGUUUCGACAUUCACAACACUGAGCUAAGUGGGUUCUUUUCCCCCCCUUCAGUUUGUGGAAAUGAGUAGAGCAAAAGCAACACUUGGAAUUUGAGGUGUUGGGGGGAGAGAGCUAGGAACAAUCUCUUAGCUCUAUCUUCUCUAAUGGCAGUGCAUGUUCGUAGGCGUAGUUUAUGCAACUGUUCAAGUUAGUCUCUGCUGGCUAGCUUGUACGGCGCACCAUGGCUUGUCAGUUCUUUAUGAAGGUGGAACAAUCUACUUGCUUGAGAAAGCAUGAGAAUGCUGCUGUUUUCUGUCCAAAUCGGCCGUGGGAAGGCCAGAUGCUGUUACGUAUAUACACCGUUGGUUAGGGUAUUUACUUUCGUCACAUUGCAUGAUAAGUAUGCGUGAUGAUGUAACUGUAGGCAUGGAAAUCAGCCACAUUGAUGAUGACAUUGAAAUGGCUCUUGAAGCCGUGACUGGUGAAGCUGGCGGACAAUUGGAAGCAGAGAUGGCAUCUACAGUUCCUCCAAAUGGGUUGGUGGAGAAGAAUGCUUGUAUUCCAGGGACUGGGAUAGAGAGCGUGAGAAAUGAAGCUGCUGAUGAAGAUCAACCUCUAUCAAUGUGGUUUGGAAGACUCUGCUCUUCCAAAAGUGCUGAUGGAUUGCGUGUAAGGCAAGCCGAUCAAGAAACCAAUCCUGAUGUUUGGCCGUUUCAGAAAAGGUCACCAGCUUGGGCAUCAAUAGAGUCCUUGGAAGUUUUCAGAAACAUUCCACAAAAACCUCAUUUCCGACCUCUCUUCGACUGCAAAGAGGAUUAUCGUGAAGGCGCAGCAAUUGGUAUAAUGGUAACCUUCUCCAAUGUGUUUGAGAAGAUAGCCAAUCUUCGCAUCCACGAUUCCAGGGCCUCGUUCAAGUCAAAUCUGGCCAGCUUAUCAGACUUGGAGAAGCAUGGGUUCAAUGUCACACUGCCACGCAAUCGCAUAAACAAGCUGCUGUCGAUCAAAGAACCGUUGAGCAAGUGGAUGAACGUUGUCAAGAAUGCCGAACCGGAGCUACAACAUCACAUCGACAAGAAGAGAAAGCUGGUGGCCACGAUCGACGAAAUCGAGAAGAAGAUGCUGGAACUACAGCAAACACUGGCCGCAACCAAGAAGGUGAUGGAAGCUGAAGAAGCCAAAGCUGCAGUUCUACAAUCAACGGUGGAUGAAAUGAAGGACCGCAUCGACAGUGCCUGCAAUGAGUUUGAACUUGUGGUUGCCGCCCCUUGGAGGUGAUCAUCUGCUGAAUCGUGUCCUUAGCAAUAGGAAGGUUGAACUUGAAAGCUGAGGUAAGUAGUAGUGUGAUUAUGACUAAUGUAGAGAUGGAUGUUAGAUCCUAUCCCCUUUUGGCUUGGCUGCUGUCUAUAUACUAAUUUAUGAAAUGUUAAGCCAGGAACGAGUUCGAACUUUGUUGUUAAGUAUGUUGACUGUAGUAGCACUGGACAAGGAGUGAAGAUUGUGUAACCCUAAUGAGCUUAUAUGGCUGUACUGGAUGUGUUGUUUCUUUUCCAACAUCAAAUGGGCAUUAUGUUUGAGUUCUUGUAAAUCCUUUUCUCUUUUCGAUUAUGAUUCCUGUAGUUUAGUAUCAAAAGAAGACGUUAUCUAUUAUGAACCUAGGCUAGCUACCUGUGAUUUCAGGGUCUGAGUUUGCACCAUGCUGGUUCAGUCAGUAUUGAGCUCCAACCUAUAAUUUGUCUGUCCCGAAACGACAAUUUCACCCUCUCACUAAUUGGCGGGUUGUCUUUCGUGCUAAAAGGCUGAAAUCUACAACGAGAGUGGGCUAAAAUGGUCCGGCCCGUUGUAUCUAAACAAAAACAAGCGUCCAAU